AUGGUCGUUUCUCACAUUCAACCUGAACUUCAUUACAAACUCAUUUCUACUUCAAAAUUAAUUAGAACAACUCCUACAAUUGCAGUAUGGGGAGUAGCAACGGCUACUGCUUUAACAUUAUUUGCUCUUGAUGUUCCUUUGGUCAGGAAAGAUGUAUUAGGUAAAUUACCUAUGGUUGGACGUUAUUUCCCUGCUAAUGAAGUGCAUACUGAAGAAGAAUAA